GGCGCUUGGAAGCCUCCUGGCCCCACCAAAUACGUCGUAUAUCAAAGAGCCAGGCUGAGGCAGGUUCAUUUUGACAAGUUCGCAAUCAUAAAAUCAUAACUGUCGUGCCUAUUGUUAGAUGUGUAACUGAUAUCGGGCGUUUUUCCCGAGGUAGCAGCAAAAAAGGGGCAAUCAUACGUUAUUGUCAAGUCAGUGCAUGAAAUGCUGAGGGCUAAUGGAUACGUUCCGGUUUGCAGAUCAAGCGGUUUUACGAGGACAACGUCCCAUAGCCUCAUGCUUAGCUUUCAAGUCUCAGGAUGAAUACCUCGCAGAACAAGAAUAUAUAGAGACCUAGUGGCUCGUCCUGACAGUUGAGUGGAAAUUCUAUGUCCUCUUUCCGAUAUCAUUUACCUCUUUCGACGGCUACUGGUAUUGACGACCAUUGUGUGAACAACUAGAGACCAAAGUCAUUAUGGCAGGCUACUUGUAUUAUCACUACAACCCGUCCGUCGCAGGAGCGGUUAUCUUCGCCGUCCUCUUUACUGUUGCAUCAGGUCGCCACCUACAACAAAUCAUUCAGAGCAGGUCUUGGUUUUUUAUUCCAUUCUUGAUAGGAUGUUUAGUUGAAGCUGGUGGAUAUGUCGCUCGACUUUUGUCUGCAAAGCAAACCCCCAACUGGACUCUGAUGCCAUACAUUCUACAAAGUAUUAUGACGCUACUCGGACCUACCUUUUUCGCGGCCUCGAUUUACAUGGUUCUUGGUAGAUUGAUAAGGCUACUGGAAGCCGACCGAUAUUCGUUAAUUAGAACAAGAUGGCUUACAAAGUUCUUCCUUUUGGGAGACAUCUUAUCCUUUUUCGGACAAGGCGGAGGAGGUGGCAUGUUGGCAACCGCAAAGACACCGUCCUCCCAGAGCCUCGGCAACAACGUUAUCCUCCUUGGGCUCGCGAUCCAAGUACUGUUUUUCGGGUUCUUCAUGGUUGUCACGUUGGUCUUUCAUGUUCGAUUAAUGCGGCGACCAACUCAGAAAUCUAUGGCCAUAAGCGCACCAUGGCAUAGGUUCAUCUGGGUGCUUUAUGGUACAAGUCUAUUCAUCAUGAUUAGGUCAGUGUUUCGCAUGGCUGAAUAUGCCCAAGGGAAUGACGGUUCCCUAUUGCAAACAGAAAUAUAUAUAUAUGUUCUGGAUGCUCUCCUGAUGGUUUUCGUGGCCAUUAUCUUCGCCAUAUAUCAUCCUUCCGAGGUUCUCAACGCCGUGGUUGUCUACCAUCAGAACAGCUUUCCAGGAGAAAACGAUGCUUAUCCCAUGGUGAAGGGAAACGGGUUUCAUCAAACUUAGAUCAUGGAAAUGGCCGAACUUGGGCAAGCCGUCAUAGCUAUGGUCUCCGUUAGUUAUGAGCAUCAAAGCACUUGUGAAGUGUGCUAGGCAAGGUGGACAUGUUUAAUGUUGAUUAUUCUUUAAUUUCUGUUGUAUCAGGUUUUGUGUUAGACAUCAUUUAUUCCUUGGUGGCGUUGUGAUGUAUGUAGUUAUAUUUGUCUUAAAC